CCCACCUCUCUCGCCGGAGAUCCCCGCGCGUGUGUCCACGUGCCGAAGAGCUCGCCCCACUCUCCGCGAUACCACUCCCACUUCAAGCUGGCUACGCAUUCCCUCGGGGCUCUUACCCGAUUCGACUCUUGGUACUUACCUGGAACCACCGUUCGCCGCCAACCAUCGCUUGUGACGAUCCGCAAGAUGUUGGGACUAUCAAUUCGCAUAUGUAGAGGUUUGCAUUGACAAAGAGAAGAGGAAGCAUAAAUGCAUAUGUGAAAGCCAAAAUUUUCGGGUGGUUUUUCUGACGUUGAACUGAUGAGCGGCUCUGGUGCAUCUGCUAACUUACGUGCUGCUUUUUCCCAUUGCGUGCAGCAGGUUCGGAGUUAUGAUUACCAUCACUACCUUUGCCUUCUUGAGCUUCCACCCAACAUGCGUAAGGCUGCAUUUGCCCUCCGCGCUUUCAAUGUGGAAACAUCCAGAGCCAUGGACAUUGCUUCUGAUCCAAGAAUUGGUCUGAUGCGCCUUGUCUGGUGGCAGGAAGCUAUAGAUAAAAUUUUUGCCAAUAAACUAAUCGAACACCCAACAGCAUGCGCCUUCUCUGCAGUUGUAUCUGAGUUCAAAAUUAACAAGGCAUGGUUGAAACGAUCUGUUGAAGCUCGUAUCAAUGAUGCUAGCAGAGAGGUGACUCAAAUGCCGGAAACCAUCGAUGAAUUGGAAAAAUAUGCCGAGGACACUGCAUCGACCAUUCUGUACAUGACACUUCAAUCUGGUGGAAUCAGGUCCACUGCGGCUGAUCACGCGGCAUCUCAUAUUGGAAAGGCCAGUGGCCUUCUUUUGCUGCUUAAAUCGAUGCCAUAUCAUGCUAGCAAGAGCCGCCACUCUUUAUACAUACCUAGAAAAGUGGCGGCCAAGCAUGGAAUGCUGGUCGAAAUGGGAGGUCAACCGGAAGCUCGAUUAGACUCCCGCGAGAAGCUUUGCGAUGCAGUAUUCGAGAUGGCAUCUGUGGCUAACAUCCAUUUGCAAAAGGCUCGUGAAUUAGCCGGAACAGUGCCUGCUGAGGCGAUCCCGGUGCUGCUUCCGGCCGUGCCUGCGCAGGUACUGCUAGAUACCCUCAGUCGGGUGCAUUUCGAUGUGUUUGAUCCUAGGCUAGCACGAGGAGUUCUAGGCAUCUCUCCUCUUUGGUACCAACUGAAACUCAAAUGGAGUUCCUGGAGGGGUAGAUACUAGAGAAUAGUCAUUCAUUGCAAGUUGAAUAGCACAAAGAAACCGAUUAUACAACCAGCAAAUAAAAGUUUGAAUUUCUGGUCAUGUGAGAGGUGUUUUUUCCCCCUUGAAUAGCAUCUUCUCACUUUAAUUUCACCAUGCUCGAAUGAGCUGGACUACAACUGUUGUGUUUUUUUGCAUUUUAAGGAAGGGCAAUGGUGAAUUUCUUGAUCCUGAAGCAGCAUCGGUUAUUGAGCGAACUUGGGGUUGAGCAGAAUUCAUACAUGGCUCGGCUGUGGACACGGUUAGAGACUUAUUGCAUGUCUCAUGUGCUUUUGUCGCGCUUAUAACAUUCUGAGACUGAGAGUAGUGCAGCUUCUUACUUGAUAUGUUUUCUUUUUGCAAUCCUCAUCCUUCGAAGGAGAAUCACCUUGAUUUUAGGCCGGGAAAGCUUUGAUGCUGUGAUUUUAAUUGGUUUCACCAUGCACAA